UGCUUCAGGAUGAAUCACACACGAGGAGGUACUUGCAAUACAAUUUGAUAAAGAUUCUGAGGUAAUAUCAAAUAUCUUGACAAUACAUCAGAGGAGCCACCUACUCCAUGUUUGAAAGACUAAGACAGAUGCCUGGGAGAAAUAAGGCAUGGAAGAGAAUGAUGAAGUGGAGUUUGUCCGAACUGGCUAUGGGAAGGACAUGGUCAAAGUUCUCCAUAUUCAGAGGGAUGGAAAAUACCACAGCAUCAAAGAGGUGGCGACUUCGGUGCAGUUGACUCUGAGGUCCAAAAAGGAUUACCUCCAUGGUGAUAAUUCCGACAUCAUCCCCACAGACACCAUCAAGAACACAGUGCAUGUCCUGGCGAAGUUCAAAGGGAUCAAAAGCAUCGAGACCUUCGCUAUGAACAUCUGCGAGCACUUCCUCUCUUCCUUUAGCCAUGUCACCCGAGCCCAUGUCUACGUGGAAGAGGUCCCCUGGAAGCGUUUUGAAAAGAAUGGAGUCAAACACGUCCAUGCCUUCAUCCACACCCCGACGGGAACUCACUUCUGUGACGUGGAGCAGGUGAGGAACGGACCUCCCAUCAUUCACUCUGGAAUCAAAGACCUCAAGGUCUUGAAAACAACCCAGUCUGGAUUUGAAGGAUUCAUCAAGGACCAGUUCACUACUCUCCCCGAGGUGAAGGACCGAUGCUUUGCCACUCAAGUGUACUGCAAGUGGCGCUACCAGAAUCGGGACGUGGAUUUCGAGGCUACCUGGGGCGCUGUCCGGGACAUUGUCCUGAAGAAAUUUGCUGGGCCCUAUGACAGAGGUGAAUACUCACCUUCCGUGCAGAAGACCCUCUAUGACAUACAAGUGCUGACCCUGAGCCAGCUUCCUGAGAUAGAAGACAUGGAAAUCAGCCUUCCAAACAUUCACUACUUUAACAUCGACAUGUCCAAAAUGGGGCUGAUCAACAAGGAAGAGGUUUUGCUGCCUCUGGACAACCCCUACGGCAAAAUAACCGGGACGGUGAGGAGGAAGCUGCCUUCCAGGCUGUGACGUUAUGGCUCCAGCCAGUUGUGAUGCUUGGGAUAACUGUGUGCUCACCUGCAAAAAUUUCAACUCAGGAUACUGAUUGCUCUGCUCUGUGUGAAGUAAUUGCUCUUCCGUUUCUAGUUUAGCAAGGGGCUUGUAGCUGUGCGCACGUGGAGCCCUGCAUUAGCAGACACCGCAGGCUCCGUGGCCUUGGGCAGAUUCCUUUAAAACUGUGAUCGGAGAAUCACAGCGAUAUUUCUCCUUGCUGUUCUUGUGCCCUCUGCCUCAGACUCUGUCUUUAGGAUCCGAUCGUUAAGGAAAUAGUCGUAAAGCACUGGCUGCUGCCACAUCCGUUGAUCUGAACAUGAGAUCAAACACUGUCAUCAUCCUAGGGAUGUCUGGGUUGUACCAAAAACGUAAUAAAACCAUGUGAAAAAAAAAUCAUCCUAGUGCUUUGAAAAUCUCUGGCUGAAGCUCCUCAUGGAGGAGGGCAGGGGGGCUUGAACUUCCAACCCCAGCUGAGGAGUGAUUUGCAUUUGAUUGAGGCUCCAAGAGGAAAGACAGUUUUGUUUGAAGGGUGAGUCUCCUGGUCUGUGGAUCAGACUGAAGGGCACAUCUAGAAGGGGUCACAUGAACCCAAGCUGGCCUCGGGAGAGCGAGAAAGACCAUGAAGUUGGGUGGGUGAGGAAGAUCUGGGAUGAACUGGGAUGGGAGGUGACUAUUAUCAAAAUACAUUAUAUAAAAUUCUCAAAUACUUAAUAAAAACAUUAUUUUAAAUGUUCAAA